GACCACCUCUUAGGGCGCAGUCGACACUGUUAAACGAGGCUCAGGAACUGAUGGUUUGGCUAUGGUAUGGUAAACUAGGUAAUCGUACAAAAGGACAUCGUCCAGAGGUGGGUAAUACAUCUAUCAUCUCUUCGCCAGUUAACGUCACUUUAUAUCAUCGCGACGACCCAGGAUUGUUAUGGGGCCGACAGGUUCGGGCAAGUCGACUUGGGUCCAACAUGCCAGUUGGCAAUGGCCUAAGAAGCUGCACAGCAAAAGUCACGCCUACUGCACCAUUCUUCAUUGAUGGAAGAGAGGUGAUUUUGCUGGACACGCCCGGAUUUGAUGACACAACAACACCAGAUUUCGAUACCUUGGAAGAAAUCGCGCAGUAUAUGGCCAGCAUUAUUGCAGACAGGAGGAUGGGAGGAAUCCAAGAGCGCAACCUGCGAAUCUUUGAAAGUCUCUGUGGAGACGAUCCCCUCAAGUCGGCUGUGGUGGUCACUAAUAUGUGGGGAUUGGUACCCA